CGACGAUACGUCAACGCAAUCAUUGUGAUACAACUGUUGAAUAAGGCAAGGCUUCGAAGUUUUGAAGUAGAAAGAAGGAAAUACAUCACCUUUGGAAACAGCCAAGUUUCUUCAAGGAGACAGCAGGAAUCAUGUUCACGAAAAUCUCAGCAUUCGGCGCCUUGAUCCUGUUCUACAGCUGUUACUUAGCAAGGGUGAAUUGUCAAAACAAAUGUCUUGGUGUCCACAAUUAUUGCCCCGGCGGUUAUAAAAUGCAAUCCAAAUGUGUAGAUGGGUCUUGCGUUUGUAACAGUCAAGACUACGAUUACCACUCGUGUUUGCCCGAUACAAAAGGAUGCAAAAUAUCAGUGGAUGCCGCUACAUCCCUCGGCAAACCUCAAUAUAACAACCAGCCCCAGCAGCCUACCUACAGCUGCACGCCUGACAGCAGCAGUUCCAGUCAGUAUGAAGUGCACGUAUUAUCUGUUUACGAGGUUAUCAACAGACGUCCCCCGACCGCUGGUGACGCUACUGUUAACAUCGUCAGCGGUGGUAGGUCAGACAGACCUCUUGUACUUGUACUUGCAAACUACGAACCUGUAAAUUGGAUCCUCCAGAUACCAUCCAACAUCACUAUAAGUAGGGUGAUACUGGUUGCUUACUACGUGGAUAAAAGUUCAAUCAGUGGAGACGUGAACCAAGUACUGGCAAUUGAACGAAAGAGUUACUCAGACUCAUGGCCAAGAGGAAUUGGUAGUGAUUCAGGGGGUGGUGAUACAGUAGGGCUUCUCAAGAAGAUAUACGAGAGGUUUGGUGUGGUGACGUCAUUUACAGGCACUUAUAGAGCAGACAAAUGGUCACUGAAUUUAUCCUCCCAAAGCCAUGACAAAAAGACGAAAUCCUCCUGUCACGAGGUCGUUGAGAAGUUAAGCAAGAGGAUUGAAUUGCUGUCUGAAGAAUUAAAGAAUCAUAAGAUGAAAAUCAUCUCUCUCAAGGAAAAGCGUGAUGAGUCAUUUACCCCUCAAUUUUCGUCAGGUGAACCCAUACACAAGAUUCACAGGAAUCUAGCCAGCAUUUUUGUGAUAAUAGUACUAACAGCACAUAUCCAUUUGGUGAUGUGA